CCGCGUACUUUUUUCCAACCAUUUCUAAUUUCGACACCGUCAAGAGCGCACGUGUUAAAAUUAUUUAAUUCUUUUUUUUUCAUAUUUUUAUUUUACAACUGACUUUUACCGCUUUUUUAUUGGCAGUUACAAUGAUUAAUAGUGAUGUUUAUGAAUCGUUAAAUAUCAAUACGUUUCGCGGUAUAAUUUACGCGUAACAUCAGCGCAAAUUGUGCGUUGUGGAAGAAUGAAUUGAUUGUUGUCGUGUAAACUAAUGACUAUGACGCGUGUUAGCUGCUGUGUUUUAAUUAUAUUUUUAACGGCGAUCUUUAUGGACAGCUGUGAUGGCUACAGCCCGAGAGAAUGUGGUGUACCAUUGAGGCGGCACACGCGUCAACCCCGUGACAGGACCCCAGGCCAACUCCGCAUCAUCAAGGGACGGGAAUCCAAAAGAGGAGCCUGGCCUUGGCAGGUGUCACUUCAACUGCUGCAUCCAAACUACGGUCUGAUCGGACACUGGUGUGGUGGUGUGCUGGUGCAUCCGAUGUGGCUGCUGACUACUGCUCACUGUAUACACAAUGAGCUAUUCAAUCUACCAGUGCCAGCGCUUUGGACAGCAGUGCUGGGAGAAUGGGACAGGGCUGAGCAGAAAGGAGCCUAUGUGCCUAUUGAGAAGAUUGUUCUACAUCAUCGGUUUCAUAACUACCAGCAUGAUAUUGCACUUAUGAAAUUAACAAGACCAGCAGACGUCAGCACAGGAAGCCGGAUUCGCACCAUCUGCUUACCACCAUUCGAGCCACCAAUAGGCACUUUUGAAACAGACAAAAGCUCAUCUUUCUACCUCCGUCCAGAAUCCUCAACAGAACCACCACGAAGAAAGCCUAAACCACCAAAACCAAAGCCAGAUACUGCUGUCAAAUAUCUUGAGAAACUGAACAAUCUGACUAAGAAUAUCUUCUCAGGAUUAGUUAAUAAGAAACAUAAAAACAUGAGGUAUAAUGUUAGAGUAUCGAAUGAUUCAAAUAGACAGACAGACAGGAAAAACGGAGAUGAAUUGAGAAAGUCUGACAACGAGAGAGGUAAUAGUGAUUUAAUCUAUGACAGUGCUACACUGGAUAGUGUAGUCAAACUUAUAAGGAAUAGUCUUCUAAAAGAUGAUUAUAAAGUAAAUAUAAAUAGGAGUGAUAAAAAACUUAUGUUUGGUGAAGAAAUCGAUCCGUUUAUUGAUGACAACAACAGACUAGACUUCAAAGAUGAAUGUUAUACUACUGGAUGGGGUAGAGAACAGACUAAUGGAACGUUGACAGAUGUUCUGUUGGAAGCAGAGGUGCCGGUUCUACCUCUAAAUGUCUGUAGGGAGAGGUACGCUCUGACUCUUCCAUUAAAUGAUGGUCAUUUGUGCGCUGGGAGCACAGAUGGCAGCACAGGAGCUUGUGUGGGUGAUAGUGGUGGUCCUCUCCAGUGCCGAUCUGGCGGCCGAUGGGAGCUACGUGGCCUGACAUCGUUUGGGUCUGGCUGUGCUCGACGCGGCGUGCCUGACGUCUACACCAAUGUUGCUCAUUAUGUCUCCUGGAUCUAUGCUCAUGUUUACGCUAGUUAAU